AUGUCGAAAGACCCAUAUAAAGUUGUUUGUGACUCUAAAGAAGCUACUCCGUAUCAGGAAACUUUCGCUGAGCAUCAACUGAGCCUCUGCCUCAUCCUGUGAGGAUGGCUUUCACAGUUCAGAAUCACCUUUUUUUAGUGUGAUUCAGAAUUCAAACGACUCAUUUGAAGUUUUUUCCGUGACCCUAAAGACGCCUACUCCGUAUCACGAAACUUCCGCUGAGCAUCAACUCGGUCCCUGGUCUCCCUUCAACUCGGCAACAUUCGAAAAACAACGUCGAAUGUGUUUUAUCGCAUGGGAAGAUCUGGUGCCAGGAGCCGCGACUCAGGCUUCUCCUCCCCAUUGGAAAAUCGACCCACGACGAUUUGGAACGAAGGAAGGAAGGAAGGAAAACAAACUGGAAGGAAACAAAAGCACAGGAGGAACCCCGUGGCACCGACCAUUUUUCCGUGUUUUGUUUACCGGGGUUUUCACUCCGGUGGUACCAUGCGUUCUAAUGGCUUUUGUUUGGUUUGCGGUUUGA